UAUGGAAUGCGCCAAAAUAUUCCUUUCACUUUGACGAAUGCUUAUUUUGUGUCGAUGUGCACUUUGUUGCCAAUUGUAUAAUAAAUGCAUAAGAAAUUGUUUUCGUCCCUUUGUUUGUUAGUUUCUUAUUGCCGGACAAUAGAGCAUUCCUCUUUAAUGUAUUUGCAGUUCUACAUUGAAUGAAGUGAAAAACAGAAAUAAAAAUUUUGGUUUGCCUUCUCCAUUUCUUCAAUCCAAAUAGAUCAAAGGUUGUGGCCUGUUGGGGCUUUCAUCUUUUGGUGCAAAGUCGCAUAAUAAAGAGUAUGGAUGAAAACGGAAACAAUAUCUCAAGGUCAGCAGCAGAAAAUCAUGGUCCUCCUUCAAUAAAGCUAGAGUCAUUUGAGAGUUUUUACAACUACGGAAGAGCAAUCAUGAACACCCCAUCAAGAUUAGUGAACCGGGUCAUGGCUCGGUCCAUGGAUGAAGUGGAGUUAGUUGAGGCAAAGAAACAGAGCCAGCAUGAGAUGAAGAGAACACUAUCUUGGUGGGACCUGAUGUGGUUCGGAAUGGGAAGUGUGAUUGGGUCAGGAAUCUUUGUCCUAACAGGGCUUGAGGUUAAGAACCAUGUGGGCCCCGCUGUUGUGUUGUCCUAUGUUAUCUCUGGCAUUUCAGCCAUGUUGUCUGUCUUAUGCUACACUGAAUUUGCUGUUGAAAUUCCUGUCGCAGGUGGUUCCUUUGCAUACCUGAGAGUAGAGCUUGGCGACUUCAUAUCCUUCAUAGCAGCCGGAAACAUCCUCCUUGAAUAUGUGAUCGGCGGCGCCGCCGUGGCGCGCUCCUGGACAUCUUACUUCGCCACCCUAUGCAACCAAGAUUCCGACAAGUUCCUAAUCCAAGUCAAAACCCUCCCUCACAACUACAACCAGCUCGAUCCUCUCGCCGUUCUCGUCCUCAUCGCCGUCUCCAUCUUCGCAAUCUUGAGCACCAAGGCGUCUUCCCGCUUAAACUACAUCGCCUCCUUCGUCCACGUCAUCGUCAUUCUCUUCAUCAUUGUUGCAGGCUUGACCAAAGCCGAUGCAAAAAAUUAUUCCGAUUUUGCCCCUUUCGGAGCUCGCGGCAUCUUCCAAUCUGCGGCGGUUUUGUUCUUCGCUUACGUGGGAUUCGACGCGGUUUCCACCAUGGCGGAGGAAACGAAGAAUCCUGGAAGGGACAUACCGAUUGGGCUAAUUGGAUCCAUGGUGAUGACCACAUUGAUAUACUGCAUGAUGGCGGUUACACUGUGUCUGAUGCAGAACUAUAGCAAAGUUGAUGAAAACGCUGCGUUUUCCGUUGCGUUUGAAGCGGCGGGGUUGAGAUGGGGAAAGUACAUUGUUGCCCUUGGAGCCUUGAAAGGGAUGACCAGUGUUCUUCUUGUUGGUGCUGUGGGACAAGCAAGGUACCUCACACACAUUGCAAGAUCUCAUUUGUUACCAUCAUGGUUGGCUCGGGUGAAUCGCAGAACCGGGACACCAAUCAAUGCAACAACCAUCAUGCUUUUCGCCACCGCCAUUAUCGCCUUCUUCACAAGCCUCGAUGUCCUCGCAAACCUCCUCUCAAUCUCAACUCUCUUCCUCUUCUCUCUCGUGGCAAUAGCCCUCUUGGUUCGCCGCCACUACGCCCACGGAGCCACGAAGAAAUCCGACGUGGCAAAAUUCUGUGUCUGCAUUAGUCUCAUUGUGGGUUCCUCUGUUGCCUCUGCGGUUUACUGGACUCGCACUGAAGGGUGGUUUGGUUAUGCCGUGACGGUUCCUCUUUGGUUGGUUGGAACAAUGGGGAUUUGGAUCUUGGUUCCCAUUGCAAAGAAGGCAAAGAUUUGGGGCGUUCCAUGGGUUCCAUUGUUGCCAUCAGCUUCUGUUGGAAUCAACAUUUUCCUUCUUGGUUCUUUGGAUGUGGCUUCGUUUAAGAGAUUUGGAUAUUGGACUCUGAUUUUGGUUGUGUAUUACUUGCUUGUGGGAUUGCAUGCUUCUUAUGACAUUGCAAAGCUACGUGAUCAUAAUAAUAAUCAUAAGGAGAAGGAGAACCAAUUGAAUUUGGAUGAAGAAAAUCAAAAUAAUGGUGUUCUAGCAUUGCCACAAAGUAGUGGAAAUUAAACAACGUUGGUGAAAACUCAGGUGCAGUCGACUUCACGUAAAGUUGAUAGUUAAGAGUCAUUAGAUGAAAAUUUAGUUAAAUCAGUCAAAUCAUCUAACAGCUCUUAAUUAUCAAAUUCACGUGAAAUCGACUACACCUGAGUUUUCACCUUAAAUGAAUAAUGUAUGUAAUAAUUUCUUGUUUAUUUUUCACUUUGUAUGUAGGUGGAAAUUCAAGUGCAGUCAAUUUCAAGUGAAGUUGAUAAUUGAAAGUUGUUGGAGAAAAAUUUAAUCAAAUUAGUCAAAUCGUUUAACGACUUUUAACUAUCAACUUUACAUAAAAUUGACUACACUUGAUUUUCACCUUGUAUGUAUUUGCUCUGAAAUACGGACUAGGUUUUGU